GUCAAGAAGCUUAAGAGAAGAAAAAGUUUGGAAAAAAUUGCCACUGUUUGCUUCUAAUAUCAGUAAACAAAGAAAAUUUGAAGCACCUUCUUUAAAGAACACAUUGGAUAUACAGUAAUUUCACAGACUUGGCUGAGAGGUUUUACCCAAAUUUGCCAGUGGACUCUACUGCCUGGUACUUGAGCCUUUUUGGAACUUUUUUCUCAUGUGGAUCUAAGGGGAAUGCUUUAUUAUGGCUGCUGUUGUCCAACAGAACGACCUAGUAUUUGAAUUUGCUAGUAACGUCAUGGAGGAUGAACAACAGCUUGGCGAUCCCGCUAUUUUUCCUGCUGUAAUUGUGGAACAUGUUCCAGGUGCUGAUAUUCUCAAUAGUUAUGCUGGUCUAGCCUGUGUGGAAGAGCCCAAUGACAUGAUUACUGAAAGCUCACUAGAUGUUGCUGAAGAAGAAAUCAUAGAUGACGACGAUGAUGACAUCACUCUUACAGUUGAAGCUUCUUGUCAUAAUGGGGAUGAAACAAUUGAAACUAUUGAAGCUGCUGAGGCACUCCUUAAUAUGGAUUCUCCUGGUCCUGUGCUGGAUGAAAAACGAAUAAGUAGUAAUAUAUUUAGUUCAUCUGAAGAUGACAUUGUAGUUGCCCCAAUCACCCAUGUAUCCGUCACAUUGGAUGGGAUUCCUGAAGUGCUGGAAACUCAGCCGGUGCAAGAAACAUAUGCAGACUCACCAGGAGCCUCAUCACCAGAACAGCCUAAAAGAAAGAAAGGGAGAAAAAGUAAGCCCCCACGACCAGAUUCCCCAGCCACUACACCAAAUAUAUCUUUGAAGAAGAAAAACAAAGAUGGGAAGGGGAACACAAUUUAUCUUUGGGAGUUUUUACUGGCCCUGCUCCAGGACAAAGCUACCUGUCCUAAAUACAUCAAAUGGACCCAGCGAGAAAAAGGCAUUUUUAAAUUGGUCGAUUCUAAAGCAGUGUCCAGGUUGUGGGGGAAGCACAAAAACAAACCUGAUAUGAAUUAUGAGACCAUGGGACGAGCACUCAGGUACUAUUACCAGAGGGGUAUUCUGGCAAAAGUGGAAGGUCAGCGCUUGGUGUAUCAAUUUAAAGAAAUGCCAAAAGAUCUUAUCUAUAUAGAUGAUGAAGAUCCAAGUUCCAGCAUUGAGUCUUCAAAUUCAUCACUAUCUUCAACAGCCACUUCUAGUAGGAAUCAAGCAAGCCGAUCAAGAGUAUCUUCAAGUCCAGGUGGUAAAGGAGGAGGAGCCACUACUGUUCUAAAAGCAGGGAAUUACAAAGCUACAAAAACCAAAGAUCCUGUGGAAAUUGCCCAGCCACCAGAAGUUUUGAGGACAGUGCAGCCCUCACAGCCUCCAUAUCCUACCCAACUCUUUCGGACUGUUCAUGUAGUACAGCCAGUUCAAGCUGUCCCGGAAGAAGCAUCCAUAACCAGUAGCAUGCAGGAAGAAACAUUAAAUUCUUCCAUUCAGAGUAUUAGGACUAUACAGGCUCCAGCCCAAGUUCCAGUGGUCGUGUCUCCUGGGAGUCAGCAGUUGCACACAGUAACACUCCAGACAGUGCCACUUACAACAGUUAUAGCCAGCACAGAUCCCUCAGCAGGCUCUGGAUCUCAGAAAUUUAUUUUACAAGCCAUUCCAUCAUCACAGCCCAUGACAGUACUGAAAGAAAAUGUCAUGCUACAGUCACAGAAGCCAGGCUCUCCUUCAAUUGUCUUUAGCCCUACCCAGGUACAGCAGGUCCUUACUACCAAUGUUCAGUCCAUCUGUAAUGGAACCGUCAGCAUGACUUCCUCCCCAUCCUUUAGUGCUACUACUCCUGUGGUGACUUUUUCUCCUCGAAGUUCACAACUGGUUGCUCACCCACCUGGCACUGUAAUCACUUCAGUUAUCAAAGCACAAGAAACAAAAACUCUUACACAGGAAGCUGAGAAAAAGGAGGUUGAAGAUCAUUUGAAAGAAGACAUUGAGAAAACCGAGCAACAGCCACAGCCUUAUGUGAUGGUGGUGUCUAGUUCCAAUGGAUUUACCUCUCAGGUAGCUGUGAAGCAAAAUGAACUGCUGGAGCCUAACUCUUUUUAAGUAAUACCAAAGGAAUUAGGUUUUUUUUUUUUUUUUUUU